CACUCCUCCCGAAUCGACCAAUAAGCGCACGGCUGCGCGGAGUGGAAGUCGUGGGACUCGCCCUCCCACGGCUCCCGCUCCCGCCCGAGUUACCGCUUACUUUCUCGCAUAACGUGGUCUCCUGGUAAUGCCGACGAUUCUCGGAGCUCCCAAGAGAUGCCGUGUUCUAACCUCGCUACCUCUUAAUGCCUCUUGUGAGAGUAUGCUUCCCUGAUAACUGACGAUUUCUAAAGCCUCACGAGUCGACGCAUUUCAGCAUCUCUCACUACUCCCCCGUAUGGGUUACGCUCGCUCCAUUUACCCCGCGUCCCUACGUGAUUAUUACGGCGCGCAAUUGUUAAUAUUAAUUAAUAAUUGAGAAAAAUCAGUGUCGCUCUCCGUGGGCGUGCUAUAAAUCAAUUUACGCGCCGCUAUUGUCAGAUUGUAAACGCUCAUCUUCGGCUAUGUGUGCGAAGAAAUCGUUAUAAACGGCUGCUUUAAUUCAAAGCGAGAAUUUCCUAGUGACGGAUUGCAACGCAUUGCUCUGUGAAAUUCCUAGCGGCUCGCACGGCUGGCACUAGUGGCACUGCUGGCAGAUCCGCUGCGCUUGUCGUCGUCUACCCGUCAUUUCGCGUCGAACGUCAAAAUUUCGGGUACGCGCGACGUAUUACCGUUUUACGUGUGCUUCUGCUCGUCCGCCACAAGAAAUAGACUACAGACCCCUUUGGACAUGCCUCUGCACCGCUACACGCACGCGAUCCUCUGCAGGAUCCCGCUGUCGCUGCGUACGCGGGGCGAAGUGGUGCUGGACGAGGCUAGGACGCAGCACCUGGCCUUGGCGCAACUCCUCCGUGAACUCGAUAUCGACGUUGUCGAAAUGCCGCCUGAUGAAAACUCGCCGCUUUGCGUCUUCGUCGAGGACAUCGCCGUCGUCUGCAACGGCAUCGCCCUGAUCGCCCAUCCAAGCGAGCCGUCUCGCCUUAAAGAGCUUGAUACCAUCAGAGCUGUAUUGAAGAAAGAGUUAGAGAUACCACUAAUAGAAAUAAGUGAUAAAAAUGCUCGUUUAGAUGGUGGAGAUGUGCUUUUUACUGGUAGAGAAUUCUUUGUUGGGCUGUCUCAUUUUACAAAUGAAGCAGGUGCACGAGCAGUUGCUGCGGCAUUCCCAGAAUAUCCAUGUGUGCCUAUCAAGGUGGGUGAUGGUGGCGAAGAGGUGAUAGUGGAGAGUCUUACCUCAGCCCCUCUUCAGGUGGCUGAAUCGAAACGCCUGAAAUCGCUGGUUACAAUGGCUGGUCCAGAUGUUAUAUGUGUAGGGUCUGGAAAAGAAUCUCAAGAAGUUCUCAAAAGAAUUGAACGAGAGGCAACAUACAAUUACCAAACAUUGACAGUACCUGAGGAUGUGGCCGCCAAUGUGCUCUACGUGAAUGGUACGCUCAUUCAUCGGUCGGAGGAUGAGAUCCCGCAAUCGAGUAAGGUUUUCGCUGAAAAGGUGGAGUUUCCGACUAGAUCGCUGCGUUUAUCUGAAUUGGCGAAAGUUAGCUCUGGUUUGUCCUCCUGUUGUUUGUUGGUGCGCAGACCACGGCACAUCCGUAGCAUUUAAACUAAAGAAAGGAGAAUAAGACCUAUCUUGCGAUGUAAUCGCGAUUUAUUGCCACCAGUGCUGUCCGCGAAACAUAAAUCCAAGUUUGCUUCUUUCGUCAAAUCCACCGAGCAAUACGAUAUAAUGCAUGACAAUGACGAUUCAUCAUCUUAACAUUUUGAUAAGUAUUUCUUUUUUUAGAUUAAUUUAAAGUUACAGUAUCAUCUUAUAUCUUACAGAAAGAAAGAUUAAAUAUUUGAAGAGAUUAAUAUAUAUAUAUAUACACUCGUAAACGUAUAUAAUUUUUUUAUAUUUAAUGUAGAAAAGUAAUAUAUUCAAAUUUUAUGUUAAUUAUUUAUAUGUUUAUACUUUUUGCAAGAUAAUCUCUUUAUUCUUGUCAUUUAUUUUGUUUUUUUACACGUGACUUUCAUUUUCAGCUGCUAUAGAUUUUUACUUGACUGAGUAUUUUCGCGCGCUUUUGUUUUAUUUAUUAUUUAUUUUCUGCAUUUUUCCUUACGAUAUUCUAAAAGGUAUAUUAUAGAGUAAGAGUACAUCUGUUAUACAUGUAACAGAAUUACAUCUCAUAGUUUUCAACAGAAUUGAUCUUUAUAAAUAUGGCACGUAACGCAAUUGCACAAAUCCGAUUAUAUAUAUACACUAUAUAUAUAUCUCUAUAUUAUAUAUAUAUAUAUAUAUAUAUAUAUAUAUAUAUAUAUAUAGAAGGGGUUGGAAUAUUGAUUUUUAUUACGAUAUAUGGAAUUGAAUCAAAAUUCACUUGUAAUUCAAAUUAUAAUUAAGAAUGCACCCUGUCUACAUGCAACAAUAGAUCAUUUGUCAUCUGCAAAACUUACACAAUUAGGAAGAAUAUGAUUGUACAGUGUCAAUAUUCUGACUCCCGCAAAGCAUUCGCAACUAGUCUGAACCGUGUUCACAUCGAAGCAUUCAAAUAAAUAUCUCUCUAUCACCUAACAAUGUAUCGUAAAGUUAUCGAUAACGUGAAAGCACUGAUAGUUGUUAUGUUAUACAAUGAAGUUACAUAAUUAAAAGUUUAAACAGAAAUCAAUAUAUAAAAUUUCUGUAUAAAACUUAGUACACAUAUAUGAAACUUUGUGCAACAUAUUUGAAACAUUCUUAGAUUUAAUUGCGAUAACUACAGUAUCGCGAUGAUAAAAGGAUAGGAAAUAAAAUUGCGAUAUACUUUGACACGAUAAAUGUCGCUGUGACGAUUUAGCAUUUUGUACUACAAUAAUGUUUAGAUAAUUUUGUAGUAUGGAUCUGUAAUACUUUUAUAACUUUUGUAUGCAUUUGCUUUAUUUUACAUAUUGGCGUUUUAUACUAUUUUUUGUGAUAAAACUUUAUGCUUUUAUAAGUAUUACCGAGAUUAUAAAACAUACAUAUAAAAAUAAGCAGAUCUUUUAAUACAAUUAGUUGUGCAGUAUUUACAUAAUGUAUUACAAUUGUAUUUUCUAUUCAAAGAUAUUGUCAAAAAUUUAUAAGUUCAUAUAUAUAUAAAUAUAAGUUUUUAUAAAAAGAUAA